AUGACUGCAAUUGUAUUUUUGUUAGCUCUUGCUUGCCUCAAGACUUACGUUUCCUCCCAAGAAUAUUUGGUUCCUCAAAACAUUGACGUUGAUGAAAUACUGAAGAAUGAUCGUCUAACACGAAACUAUUUAGACUGUGUUUUGGGUAAAGGAAAGUGUACACCAGAAGGAGAAGAGUUGAAAAAGGAUAUUCCGGAAGCGUUACAAAACGGAUGUGCAAAAUGUAACGAAAAACAUAAAGAAGGUGUGAGGAAAGUCAUUCACCAUUUGAUUGAAAAUAAACCCAACUGGUGGCAAGAACUGGAAAGCAAAUUUGAUCCCCAGGGAGAGUAUAAGAAGAAGUAUGACGAACUGUUGAAGAAGGAAGGACUGGCUAAUUA